CCCUGCUGUAAAUAAAAACUGUUGGAAUGCAAUACGAAUACAUUUUAGUUUACUGAUAACGGACUAUAUAUCCGAGGAUUCCGUUGCCUGGUGUUUAGAACGGGACAUCUACUUUUGUUUACUCUGUUAUCGAUUCUAUCCUUAUGUAAUCGAAACGUGCGCAGGCAGCAGCAGGACCGUUAUAUGGUCGGAUUGGGACGCAUUGUUGUGGCCCCUUUGAGUGUCAUGAUUCCCGGUAUCUUCAAGCACACGCGCUGCCGGAACAACAUUUACCCGGGUAGCGAUGUCCGCCGCUAUCCGGUACCGGAUGAAGAAGUGUGCUGGUCAGUGCCAUAUCCGGACUAUCAACCAUCUAUGUACGAAGCUAGCGCUCUCAAGGGCAAAGAAUGGGCCGAUCUGCCUGUUGACCAUCCUAGCUUUAAAGUUAAGUGGAAUCAGCUGGAUGGUAUUGUAAAUCGAGUUAGUUUUAUCAGCGCGUAUGAAAUACAUGACGGUUACCCAUUGAAUCCGUUCGGGAGAACAGGCCUCCGGGGACGGGGUCUACUGGGACGAUGGGGUCCGAAUCAUGCAGCCGAUCCUAUUGUGACUAGAUGGAAGAUUGAUUCCGAAGGUCGACCGGUGGUUAACGAAUCGUCCGGCUUGCCGGUGCUACAAAUGUGUGCCAUCGAGAGACACGACUGCGGGGAAUGGGCGAUUCCCGGUGGUAUGGUGGAUCCUGGCGAGGUGGUAAGCGCUACCUUGAAACGAGAAUUCCUAGAGGAAGCUAUGGCCAGCUCCAGUGGAACGGAUGAAAUUGAGAAGUUUUUCACUGGUGGGUCGGAAAUUUACAAAGGAUAUGUCGACGAUCCGAGGAACACGGAUAACGCAUGGAUGGAAACGGUGGCGGUGAAUUUUCAUGACGAGCAGGGAACCGUUGUCGGAGGGUUCAACCUUCACGCGGGAGAUGACGCCGCCAAGGUUAAGUGGAUGGACGUUACCGGGGAGGUUAAGCUGUACGCAAGCCAUGCAAGCAUUGUUCGGAAGGUGGUAGACAUGCUGGAUGGUCACUGGUAAGCACAUUGCAAAAAUUCUAUUUAUUCCAUGAUUGUUUAUUGAGUAAAAUGAUAACAUGUAGUACAGUUUAAUUUGAAUUUGCGA